AUGAGUAAUCAACAGGCCACAGUAAAUGAACAACCUAGUAGCCAAAUCAAUCGUAGUAAGCAGGUGCCAUUUGGCUUAUUGCUCCCUAUCUUGAUUCCCCAACUUGCCAAAUAUAGAGCAAUGCAACUUACAACAUUAUUUAACAAAUUGAAGAAAGAUGAAAUACCCAAAGAUCAUUUUGUACGGCUUAUGAAAGGGAUUGUGGGGGAUCAGAUGCUUAGAAUAGCAUCGACGAAAGUGCAACAACAAACAAAAGCCAACAAAAGUUCUUCUGGACAGCAGCACCCUGUAAGGAUGCCAACGGUUACUUCCAGUGGAACAAAAUUUAAUGAUCCCCAUGCAUUAGCACAACUGCAUCAGAGAAGUAUGAAUCCUGCUGCAGACCAUUCUCAUAAUACUUCUUCAGCUAUCCAAGUGAAGAGUGAACCGACAUAUUCAACUGUGGACAUUGGUGCUAAAAAGUCUCUGGAACAUGAUGUUCGAGUUGUGCAACCAAAUAAAUUACCAUCAUCAGGUUCUAAUGCCGUCAGUCAAGAAACUGAAAGAUCCUCAGUUCACAUACAAGGCCUUAAUAAGCAGCAACAACAGCAUAUACAUUUCCCAUCGACAUAUGGAAGCAGUGGUGGUAACUAUAACCAUUUUUCCGGGACAACUACUGGUUCGUUAUCUCUCAGACCACAACCUCAUCCUCAUGAUUCACACAUAAGGCAAAUUCCUCAUCAGAAUAUUGGUUUAAAUCACUUGGGUGUAGAACGAAAAAGUUCUUUCACUGAUCCUAAGAGAAUGCCAGGUGGAUCUGUGUCGACUGGUGUAAACAAUACAGCACCACAACAAACUUCAACUUCUUGGCAACCUUCAGCAGAACAAAAUUCUGGCUUGUUUUCAUCUGUUUCAUAUGGUAGUGGUGUCAAUCAAGGCACUGUAAAGGAUGAGUUUUCAAGAGGUUCUUUAGCACUCACUAGCAUGCCACAUACAACAUCUGCUAGCUUGCCCACAUCAAGCUCUGCAUCUUAA